AGCCCAGCACUUGCUUUUUCUUUUGUUAUUUAUAAACUCACCCUUUCUUCUCCAUUCUCUCUCUCUCUCUCUCACUCACUCGAACCUCCUCACAAACACACAAAAUCAGAACAACCAAACAGGAACAGAAGAAGAAGAAGAAGACGACAAUAUUUUAGACAGCUUAAUCAAUGAAUCUAAACAUCCAUUUAUUCCUCCUCUUUCUUCUCUCUGCUUUUCUUCUUCUCUCCUUUCCGGCUUCUGCUUCCCGUCUUCUUCCUCACACCCAAGGUGAAAAGGAGUUGAAGACAAACCGGAGUUAUGGAACGAUUGGGAGGAAUUUCACUCGAGGAACUCUCAAUCUGAUGGGCGCAGAGGAAUGCGACGAGAGAGAUGAAGAAUGCGUGAAGAGAAGGAUGAUUGCAGAUGCUCACCUCGAUUACAUUUAUACUCAGCACCGCAAGCCUUAGAUUCCCGUUCCCUUUUUGUGUACUCGGUCGCCUCCGUUCGUUAAUCAGAUAAAAAAAAAAAAAAAAAAAAAAGGCUUUGAAGGGCGU